CCUUUAAAUAAAAUUCUUUGUUAGGAAGAUGUUUUAUUGAUACAUACUUGCUUUCAACAUCAAUAAGAUAUGUGUUAGUCAUAGUAUUGGUCUUUUAUUUCAUGCACAAUAAUUGGGUCAUAUUAGAUUUCGUUAAGAGGGACAUUUAAAACAAAGGUGUAGCUUUCGUUCAGCUGUAUGGAUGGCAGCUAUUAUAAGAAAAUAAAUACAAGUUAGUAGAAAGGAACAGAAUUUCAAAGUAUUAUAAGUAAGUGAAGUAAUAUGAUUUUCAGAUGGUAGGGACUGAUGGAUAUUGGCUGUUUCUUGUCGUCCUCAUAGUUCAUUUGUGUGUGCUUUGACUCAAUAAACAUUAGUGACUGAAUGACUUGCCAAAGAUAAGACACAGUUCCCAUCCCAAAUAGGUCACACACUGAAGGAGAGAUAGAGGCUUGAAAAGCUGGAAGCAUGCUAUUUACAUAAUAAAUAUAGUCGUGCAUAAGUCACGAUAGUACACAUUCUGGGUCACAGGGGAGGGAUGGCAUGAUGGCUCAGUUCUGGAUCCAGAGUAGUGCUUCUGUUUAAGGAAUGUGAUACAGGGUUUGUAUAAGGUUUCUGGGGAAUGUGUGAAUCAUUUCUUUUGUCCAUUUCCUGUGUUCCUGUACCCCUGUUUCCAGAAUUGUGAAAUAUGUUGUCAGAAGAUAUGCUCACAAUAUUCCUUUGCUUUCAUGAGUCUGUGUCAGAGAUGAAAGGACUAGCAUGGAGUUAAAUCUAGCAGUGAAACAACAUUACUGCUACAAACCUUCUAUUCUACCGUCAGAAUUUUAACUUUCCCACGAAGCUGUGAAGAAUCAGUAUGAAGAUAUCUCUAUCUCAGCAUUAUAUUCACAAAACAAACAAAAUUAAAACUUAAAAUUUUAAAAAAGCCACUGUAGAAAAAUAUGAACACAUAAAACUAGGAAACAGCAUUUUCAAUCUGUUCAUGACCACAUGGUGGCGCUGCAGGCUAAAGAGACACGAGGAAAAUUAACUGUGGCUGCACCAGAAGUCAUAAACCAAAGAAGGAAAUUCCUGACCGCUGGGAGAAAAGCCGAGGCUCCUCAAGACUGAGAAAGGGGGAAAAAUCCUAGAUAUUCCCAAUUAAGUGGAACAUCUGAGGUUUAUGACUGCUGGGAGCUGUGGCUGGACCUGUAGCGACGAAAGAAGAAACAAUGGCAGUCAGAGGGUCAUGCUUCCCCAGACAAAGGCAAGUGCUAUUUCUCUUCCUGUUUGGGGGUCUGUGUUUGGCAGGUUCUGAGUUUGGACCUUAUUCAGUAACCGAGGAAACAGAAAGGGGAUCAUUUGUGGCAAAUCUGGCAAAGGAUCUGGGGCUAGAGGUGGAAGCCCUGGCUGCAAAGAGAACUAGGGUGGUUUCUGAUGACAACAAACAGCAUUUGCUCCUGGAUUUUCACACUGGAAAUUUGCUCACAAAUGAGAAACUGGAUCGGGAGAAGCUGUGUGGCUCCACAGAGCCCUGCAUACUGUAUUUCCAAAUUUUAAUGGAUAACCCCUUUCAGAUUUAUCGGGCUGAGCUGAGAAUUGUGGAUAUAAAUGAUCACUCACCCUCAUUCCAGAAGAAAGAGAUGAUUUUAAAAAUACCAGAAAAUACAGCUGUAGGAACAGCAUUUCGCUUAGAAAGAGCACUAGACUCAGAUGGAGGACCUAAUGGCAUCCAAAACUAUACCAUCAGCCCCAACUCUGUUUUUCAUAUUGCAAUUCAUGACAAUGAUGAAGGGGUGAUAUAUCCAGAGCUGGUGCUAGACAAACCUCUCAACUGGGAGGAGCAGCAGGAGUUCAGUUUAACACUCACAGCAUUUGAUGGAGGGUCUCCACACUAUACAAUUCUGGUCAUGGACAUCAAUGAUAAUGCCCCACGGUUUCCCCAGGAGCUUUAUCAAACCCAGGCUGCAGAAAAUAGCCCAAUAGGAUUUCCUAUUGUUAAGGUCUCUGCAGAAGAUGUAGACUCGGAUGUCAAUGCAGAAGUAUCCUAUUCAUUUUUUGAUGCUUCCGAAGAUAUCCGAGCAACCUUUCAAAUCAACCCUUUCUCUGGGGAGAUUGUGCUCAAAGCCUUGCUUGAUUAUGAGACGGUAAAGACCUAUAAAUUAAAUAUACAGGCAGUCGAUGGUGGAGGUCUUUCUGCUAGAUGUACGGUUUUAGUUCAUGUUUUAGACAUCAAUGACAACGCCCCGGAACUGAUCAUAUCAUCACUUGUCAACGAAGUUGUUGAGAACGCUCCCGAAACAGUGUUGGCAGUUUUUAGGAUUAACGACAGAGACUCUGGAGAAAAUGGAAAGACCGUUUGCUACAUUCAAGAAAAUCUGCCUUUCAGUCUAAGACCCUCUGUAGAUAAUUUUUACAUCCUGAUGACAGAAGGAGCUCUGGACAGAGAGAGCAGAGCUGAGUACAACAUCACCAUCUCAGUCACCGACCUGGGCACACCCAGGCUCACAACCCAGCACACCAUAACAGUGCAGGUCUCAGACGUCAAUGACAACUCCCCCGCCUUCACACAAACCUCCUACACCCUGUUUGUCCAGGAGAACAACAGCCCCGCCCUGCACAUAGGCACCAUCAGCGCCACAGACUCAGACUCAGGCUCCAAUGCCCACAUCACCUACUCGCUGCUGCCCACCCACGACCCUCAGCUGGCCCUCUCCUCGCUCAUCUCCAUCAAUGCAGACAACGGGCAGCUGUUCGCGCUCAGGGCGCUGGACUAUGAGGCCCUGCAGACCUUCGAGUUCCGCGUGGGUGCCACAGACCAAGGCUCUCCCGCACUCAGCAGCCAGGCGCUGGUGCGUGUGCUCGUGCUGGACGCCAAUGACAAUGCUCCCUUCGUGCUCUACCCUCUGCAGAACGCGUCUGCUCCCUGCACAGAGCUGCUGCCCAGGGCGGCAGAGCCAGGCUACCUGGUCACCAAGGUGGUGGCAGUGGAUCGCGACUCUGGCCAGAAUGCCUGGCUGUCCUUCCAGCUGCUCAAGGCCACGGAGCCUGGGCUGUUCACCGUGUGGGCUCACAAUGGCGAGGUGCGCACCUCCAGGCUGCUGAGUGAGCGCGAUGCUCCCAAGCACAGGCUUCUGCUGCUGGUCAAGGACAAUGGUGAUCCUCCUAGGUCUGCCAGUGUCACUCUGCAUGUGCUGGUGGUGGAUGGCUUCUCUCAGCCCUACCUGCCUCUGCCUGAGGUGGCACGCGACUCUGUCCAGGAUGAGGAUAAGCUCACUCUGUACCUGGUCAUUGCCUUGGCAUCUGUGUCUUCGCUUUUCCUCUUGUCUGUGCUGCUGUUCGUGGGGGUGAGGCUGUGCAGGAGGGCCAGGGCGACGGCCCUGAGGGGCUGCUCUGUGCCUGAGGGCCACUUUCCUGGACACCUGGUGGAUGUCAGUAGCAUGGGCACCCUGUCCCAAAGCUACCAGUAUGAGGUGUGUCUGAGGGGAGGCUCUAUUGAUACCAAUGAUUUCAAGUUCUUGAAACCAAUUUACCCUGAUAUUCAUGCUCAUGGUUCUCAGAUCAAUAGUGAUGAAAAGCCCACAUUUUGAAGGCUCCAAUUCUGAGUCAUGUUUCAUUGCAUUUAAUGUAUGAUACAGACAUAUGAGUACUAGUUUACUUGUGCAGUAGUUUCGGCCCAACACAACUUCAUUUUCACCUUCCAAGUAGGUUACAUAUAAAAUUUUCUUUGUUUUCCCUUUAGUGAUUUGUUUAGUAGAGUAUAUACCACUUUAAAUAUGGGGUUUUGAUUCUUUCAUAGUGCACAAUAAUUUGUUGUCUUUUCUCCUUAUGGAAAAUUGAGAUUUGCGGUUUUUGUCUUGUUUUCUUUUGUUGCUAAUCAUUAGCAUGCUUAGCAAAUGCUAUACCAUUGAGCUCUGUCUCUAGCCAGUAGCUUUUUAAAAAGUAUAGUAUUUUAACUCUCUUUGACUUUUUCUUUGUCAACUUCAUGCACCUAUGUUGUGCAUUUUGUUUCUUAUAACCUCCUGCUCCAUCUCCCGGCAGCUCCUAUUAUUUCCCUUGCUCCCUUCCAAGUCCCUUCCCAUUGUUUAUGAUUUUGAGUAUUCUGAGAAUUCUGUGUUAGCAGUAGAGAUGAACGGGUUUCAGCAUGACUUCUGCAAACAUAGGUGCCGUUCAUUCCUAGCCUCUGCUGUUGCUCUGUCCCUUCCUUUUCCCUGCGAGUUUCCCAUUCUGCUCGCUUGUUACAACUGUUUCAUUACCAUUCUUUCUCACCUUCCUCAUUCUCGCUGACAUAUAAAACAGGUUGUGUCAUCUAAUGCAAAUACAAUGUAACAGUCGGCAUGAAAAUCAACAUAAAUUUGAACACAUUUAAAUUUUUGUGUGACAAUAUUUGUGGACUGUCGGAAAGAUACUUUUCAUUUUAUAUUGGAACUUAAAGAAUUGUCAAAUUUAAAAACUGAGAUAAAUUAAAGGUUGUAGAGAAAAUAAUUUUUUUAUCUCCUGUCCCUUUCUACACAGUUGUUCUUCAAAUUCGAUCUUCUUCCAGGUGAUAUGUUUAGACUCUUUUAUCUUGAUAAUCAACUUUUCUGUGUUACCCACUCACUGCAAAAGGAUUUACAGUUCUUAUUUCCCAUUAAUGGACACACAUACAAAAGUUGCCAAUUUCUCUUCUCCUAGUUUCCUGGUAUUAUUGUCAGAAGAUGUUGUCAGUUUUGUUUCUGUGGGUUCCAAGGCCUCGUAGAUGAGUACCAUCCCUGAAAUGAAACUAGUAUUAAUGUCCACCUAGCUAGGUCUCUUAUGUAUGCAGAAUUAGUAGUGCAGUAUUAUUACAUUUCCUCUCUUGAACUCAUCUUUUCUGGAGGUGAUGACUGCUGUUUUAGAUUUGGCUAAAUGUCUGUUUACUGCUAAUGAUUUUUCUAUUCCUCUCUUUCCAGGCUAAGUGAGCAAUUAAAGUAGAGAGUUACCAUAAGAUGUACCCUCCAUUCUUUCUACUAAUUAUUCACAUCGUAGUCCUCUUGAAAUAUUAACAUUUUGCCUUCAGAUAUUCAAAUAUAAGAUACAAACUAUUUGUGUUUAUUUCCUACUGAUCUUUCAUUCGUGGCUCUUCUUCACUUAAACUGUUUACUUUAUGGGUGUCAUGCUUUUUAUUAUUUUUAUUUAAUUAAUUUUUUUAAUUUAUUUUA